AUGGCGGGCCAUAAACGUACAAUCGACAGGAAAUUAAAACAGGUCGAAAAGCAGUUGGAGAUGCGAGUAAAGGAACUAGAUGAAAACGAAAAGGAAAAUCAAGCCCUGAGAGAUCAAUUGGACGACCAAGUCCUGAGAUUGCAGGCGCAAGCAAAGCAGAAAGACGCCCAGAUCGCCGAAGUCCAAACCACACUAGAAAAUGUGACCAAAGCAUUCAGCAGCGUCAUAUCUGCGGCAUCAUACCGAUAUUCUCUUGCAAUUCAGUACCUAGACGACGCGACACAGGAGAUGCUUCUGCGGAGCUUCAAGGAGGAUAUCACGGAGGCGCGUGACGCAUGGAUUGAGCCUGGAUUGCUCUAA